AUCUCUCUCUCUCUCUCUCCACACUCGCCGCUGGCUGGCGGUGCGCUGGGAGGAGAGAAGGCUUCGCUGGCAGAGCCCGCCACAUAGCCGGUAGCGAGUAGAGGUAGGCGAUGAUGCAGACUGGACUCCAGACUCCCCACACCGACCUCGAGUCCUCUCCUGUCUCCGCUUAUAUGCCCCCCGGCAGAGCUAAGCUCCGCCUACGGCCACGCCCCCUCGUGGAACCCUCUAGAUGGUCCCCGAAUAUUCUCCAUAGCUCCGCCUGUUACCUUUGGCCUAGAUUGAAUCCCUACUCCCGAUUGGAUACCGGUUACCCAGCGGUGGCCGUACAGAUGCCCCCUGUAACCCCCCAGGUGGUGCUCUCUCAUUACACAAGUACUGUAUUGUUUCUGCACAGGUAAGGCGAUGGUGGACUACAUCGCCGCGUAUCUAACUGGGCUACGUGACCGGCCCGUGAACCCAUCCGUACGGCCCGGCUACCUGCAUCCCCUGCUGCCCCCUGGCCCCCCGCAGCAAGUAGAGCCCUGGGAGAGAAUCUUUGAGGACAUGCAGCAGCUCAUUAUGCCUGGGAUUGCGCACUGGCAGAGCCCACACAUGCAUGGAUAUUUCCCGGCACUCAACUCGUACCCAUCGCUUCUUGGUGACAUGCUGGCGACUAGGAUUAACUGUGUCGGCUUCACAUGGGCAUCUAACCCGGCGUCCACGGAGCUGCAGAUAGUGAUGACGGACUGGUUGGUGGACAUGCUGUCGCUCCCUGCCACCUUUCGACAUGAUCACCCAGACGGAUGUGGAGGUGGAGUCAUACAGAGCUCAGUGAGCGAAUCCACCAUGCUGGCCCUUCUGGCGGCACGGACACGCGCUCUUACACAGUUACGCGGCGAUGUGAGCCAGGACGUCGGCAAUGAUGCACUCCUCAACUCACGACUAGUGGGGUACACAUCAGACCAGGCUCACUCGUCAGUGCUAAAGGUGAGUCUCAUGUCGCUGGUGAGGGUGCGCUCACUGCCCACGGACUGGGAGUUCUCGUUGCGUGGGGAGACGCUCCGACGCGCCGUGGAUGAGGACAGAGCACAGGGCCUCGUCCCGUUCUUCGUGUGCGCAACCCUUGGCACAACAGGCGUGUGCACCUUUGACAACAUGGCUGAACUGGGCCCAAUCUGCCGCCAGGAGGGGCUCUGGCUGCACGUGGACGCGGCGUACGCGGGCACUGCAUUCCUGUGUCCCGAGCUGCGUGACCCCCUGCGCAGGGUCGAGUUCGCCGACUCGUUCGUGGUCAACAUGGGCAAGUCGAUGAUGGUCAGCCAGGACUGCGCCGUGUUUUGGGUGGCGGACAAGCGAAAUCUGCAGAGCACGUUCUGCGUGGAGCCGCACUACUUGCAGCACGAACACUCCGGUUCGGUCACAGACUUCAUGCACUGGCAGAUCCCGCUGACUGUGCGUUUCCGCUCGCUCAAGCUGUGGUUUGUGAUUCGCUCGUUCGGGCUGGACGGCCUGCAGGAGCACGUGCGCAGGACCAAUAAACUUGCAAGGUAUUUUGAAAGCCUCGUCAGGGAAGAGCCCCACUUCGAAAUUCCAGCGAAGAGCAACUUGGGACUCGUUGUGUUUCGUCUACAGGUGAGAUAUUACAGCUUUUCCCCAUGAAAUUGCAGAUGCAGUGGAACGGUUUUAAUUAUUGGCCUCCACAUUAGACUCUCCCCCUCUCUUUCCUCCUUUUGCUCUGCCCUCAGUUCCUUUCUCUUUUCUAUCGCUUAUUCUCUUCCACUGCCUCCACCCCUACCGGUUCCUUCCCCCGCCUCUAACCCACUCCCAGUCCCCCAGUCCACUUCCUAUUAAGACCAUAAUUCCUGACCCGGCUCCCACGUCUCAUUUUCUCUAUGUGCACCUAACCACAUCUCUCCCCCAGCUGUCCACUAUUUCAAGUUUCAUUUAUUAGGUAUAGCCCUGUGAGCCAUGCGGCUCUUAAGUCGGGUGCAACCGCAACAAACAAAAUAUGAAUACAGAAAAUCUCAA